AUGGAAAAUUCAUUGUGUGCACGAUUGCCUGCACCCAACUCUGAACAUCCAGGUGUUUGUCCAAACAAGUUGAAUGCCAACUUGUGGGUUGAUGCACAAAGCACCUGCGAACGCGAAUGUGAAGUCGACCAGGACUGUGCCGACUUUGAGAAGUGCUGCACGAACGUGUGCGGCCUGUACAGCUGCGUCGCUGCCCGCUUCGCCGACGGCUCCCCCGCCACGCCCGAUGGCGCGCCUGGCGAGGCCUCCAAGAGCGGGCAGAGCCCCGAGGCCACGUGCCAAGGCUUCAUCUGCAGCCAGCAGGGCUCCACCUGCGACAUCUGGGAGGGCCAGCCCAUCUGCAAGUGCCAGGACCGCUGCGAGAAGGAGCCCAGCUUCACGUGCGCGUCCGACGGACUCACCUACUUCAACCGCUGCUACAUGGACGCCGAGGCCUGCGUCCGCGGCGUCACGCUGACCGUGGUCACCUGCCGGUACCACCUGGCGGGGCCGCAGACCAGCCCGCUGCCGCAGGACACCACGGCGUUCCCGACCCCGACGGCGCACCUGGAGGACCAGCUGCCGCCGACGCUCUACAGCAACCCGAGCCACCAGUCGGUGUACGUGGGGGGGACGGUCAGCUUCCACUGCGACGUGAUCGGCAUGCCCCGGCCGGACGUCACCUGGGAGAAGCAGUCGGAGCGCCGCGAGCGGAUCGUCAUGAGGCCCGACCAGAUGUACGGCAACGUGGUCAUCACCAACAUCGGCCAGCUGGUGGUCUACAACGCCCAGGUGUGGGACACGGGCAUCUACACCUGCAUCGCCCGCAACGCCGUGGGCGUCCUGCGCGCCGACUACCCGCUGUCCGUCAUCCGGCGCUCCGAGGACGACUUCCUGGACGACCCGGAGCUCAACAUGCCCAUGGGCGACCCGUUCUCGCCCGCCGACUGCCUGGCCGAGCUGGACCGCCGGGAGUGCGGCGAGCGCAACGUGGAGUGGUACUACGACGCCAAGCAGGCCGCGUGCCUGACCUUCGCCCACGGCGGCUGCGAGGGCGCCCGCAACCGCUUCGAGACCUACGAGGAGUGCCGCGCCUCGUGCCAGCGCGAGGGCACGGGCGUCUGCCUGCUGCCCGCCGUCCAGGGCCCCUGCAAGUCCUGGGAGGCGCGUUGGGCGUACAACGCCGUGACGAAGCAGUGCCAGGCGUUCGCGUACGGGGGUUGCCACGGCAACGCCAACAGCUUCCGCACCAAGGCCGAGUGCGACGCCAACUGCCCGCGGACCAAGAGCCGGCCGUGCAAGACGUGCCGCGUCAAGAGCAAGAUGGUGCCCAGCCUGUGCCGCAGCGACUUCGCCAUCGUGGGCAAGCUGACCGAGCUGAUCGAGGACCUGGACACGGGCAUCGCCCGCUUCAGCCUGGAGAAGGUGCUCCGGGACGAGAAGAUGGGCCUGGCGUUCUUCAACACCCGGCACCUGGAGGUGACGCUGGCCAAGAUGGACUGGUCGUGCCCCUGUCCGAACAUCACCGCGGACGACGGCGCCCUGCUGGUCAUGGGGGAGGUCCAGGACGGCAUGGCCAUGAUCCAGCCGGACAGCUACAUCCGCCCCAUCUCCGAGAGGCGGCUGAAGAAGAUCCACGAGGUCCUCGAGAAGAAGACUUGUGAGAUGCUCAGGAGAUUCCAGGAUUAG